UCCAGGACAGAUCCCGGGACAAGACAUGGAGCUCUAAGCUAGCCCUCAUCCAUCUCCAUUUACUGCCGAAACCUCGUCUUCUACCCUUUCUAUAGUGGCUUGGCUCAGACUCCUCGAAGAGAAGAGGGAGAAAAAAAAACAAGUGGGAGGGAGUAGUAAACUUUCCCCAGCUGCUGUCCAGACACACACAUGCAGCAUUGCUGCCAUUCCCCAAGCCCUGCUCCAUCCAUCCCUAGGGUACGGCCACUAGCUCGCUAGCGGGCUAGCACUUGGCACAAAGACGAGGCCGGUCCUCCGUGUACACUUGCCUCUUUCUUUUUUCUCCCUUUUAACAGGUCACCCAGCCAAACUCUCAUCAAUUGGGGCUCCUUUUGUUUAGCUGUCAUUCUUGCUGCUUUGAGCAGUGGAGGAUUGCAAGUGUCCAGUUAGCAGUCAGUCAGUCAGUCAGACUGAGGAAGCCAGAGGGGUUGGUUAUCAGAGGCCAGGAGGAUGGAGCCCAGCAUGGAGAACUGCCUGUCCCAGGUCCUGCAGAAGGACAUGGGCCGCCGGCUGCAGGUGGGGCAGGAGAUCAUUGAUUACAUUUUGGACAAGGAGAAGUCCCACGACCUGGAGCAGGAUCAGACAGCGCUGGACAAGAUGGUGGACGGCAUUGCCAGCUCCUGGGUCAACUCCAGCAACUUCAAGGUGGCUCUGCUUGGCCUGGACCUGCUAUCUGCCUUAGUGACAAGGUUACAGGAGCGAUUCAGGACCCACGUGGGAACAGUUCUGCCCAGCCUUAUUGAUCGAUUGGGGGAUUCAAAAGACCAAGUGCGAGAACAAGACCAAACAGUGCUGCUAAAGAUCAUGGAACAAGCUGCCAGCCCGCAGUAUGUGUGGGACCGAAUGCUGGGAGGCUUCAAACAUAAGAACAACAGGACCAGAGAAGGAGUGUGCCUUUGCCUCAUCGCCACGCUGAGCACAUACGGAGCUCAAGGCCUGACCCUCAGUAAAAUUGUUCCCCACAUAUGUAACCUCUUGGGGGACCCCACAAGUCAGGUGCGUGACGGGGCUAUGAGCUGCUUGGUGGAGAUCUACAAACACGUGGGUGAGAGGGUGAGGAUGGAUCUCAGCAAAAAGGGCCUGCCACAGUCACGGUUGAAUGUAAUCUUCAACAAAUUUGAUGAAGUCCAAAGAUCCGGGAACAUGAUGGUAUCCUCCGGUUCAGAUAAGAACUUUGAGGAUGAAGACUCUGUGGAUGGAGGCCGGUCCUCCUCCUCUUCAUCAUCCAAAGCACCCCCCAGUGGCAGGAAGCCUGUAAUGAGCUCUGUUAGAAGACCCAGCUCAGCCACCACGGCCAAGGCCACAGUGAAAGAAGCCGCUGCCGGUGCUCUAGAUGAAGAGGAUUUCAUUAAAGCCUUUGAAGACGUGCCAUCAGUCCAGAUCUACUCUAACAGAGAGCUAGAGGACCAGCUGACCAAGAUCAGAGAAGUGCUGUCUGAUGACAAACAUGACUGGGAGCACCGAGUGUUGGCGCUGAAGAAGGUGCGUUCCCUGAUCCUGGCCGGGGCAUCCGAGUACGAGGGUUUCCCUCAGCAGCUGCGUCUCCUGGAGGCUCCCCUCAAACUGUCCGCUAAAGACCUGCGCUCACAGGUGGUCCGCGAGGCCUGCAUCACACUGGGACAUUUGUCAUCAGUACUGGGUACUAAGUUUGACCACGGAGCGGAGAGCAUCAUGCCCACACUGCUGAACCUUGUGCCCAACAGUGCCAAAGUCAUUGCCACGUCUGGAAUGGCAGCCAUCCGCCUCAUCCUCAGGCGCACACACUACCCACGUCUCAUCCCCAUCAUCACGAGUAACUGCACCUCCAAAUCAGUAGCAGUCCGACGACGCUGUUAUGAGUUCCUAGACCUCAUGUUACAAGAGUGGCACACUAAUACACUGGAAAGGCACGUGGCUGUUCUGACUGAGACCAUCAAGAAAGGCAUACACGAUGCUGACUCUGAGGCCAGAUCCAUCGCUAGAAAGUGCUAUUGGGGUUUCCAUGGUCACUACAGCCGGGAGGCAGAGCACCUGUUCCAGGCGCUGGAGUCCACCUAUCAGAAGGCCCUCCAGUCUCACCUGAAGAGCUCGGACAGCAUCGUGUCUCUGCCCCAGUCGGACCGCUCCUCCUCCUCUUCCCAGGAGAGUCUGAACCGGCCUUUGUCUGUGAAGAGUGUCAUUGGAGGGAGCAUGACAAGGAGUAAGCUGGUGAGCACCAGGGUGCCAUCGGGUUCUCUACAGCGUUCCCGUAGUGACAUCGAUGUAAACGCCGCCUCCAGCGCCAAGUCCCGUCUGUCCACCGUUCCCGCAUCCUCACCGUUCGGCUCCGCAGCCGCCCUGCCCCCAGGCUCCUACGCCUCAUUAGAUGGCACUCCCGGUAAAAGUGAUGGUCGUGUUCGAACCAGGAGACAAAGCUCGGGCAGCGUAGGCGGAGCCAGUCCCUCAGUGGUGGACAGCAGGGGGCGCAGCCGAGCCAAAGUUGUCUCUCAGUCCCAGCGAUCCAGAUCAGCCAAUCCCAUCAAUGCUGGCAGCCGCUCCAGCUCCCCAGGCAAGCUGCUUGGCCACAGCAGCUACGGCAGGAUCCCUCGAUCCACGGUGUCGGCCUCCAACACGACAGCAGACAAGCGCAGCAGGAUCCCCCGCAGCCAGGGCUGCAGCCGCGAGACCAGCCCCAGCCGACUGGGCCUCGCCAGACUGUGUGGUAAAGCUCUUCUUCCCGCUGCUCUUCCCUACCGCACGCUAGCCCGGAGCCGCAUUCCCCGUCCCAGCAUGAGUCAGGGUUGCAGUCGCGACACCAGUCGCGAGAGCAGCCGCGACACCAGCCCCGCUCGGGGCUUCACCCCUCUUGCCUCCCGACGUCACUCCCGUUCAACCAGUGCUCUCUCCACAGCCGACCCACACAGCCAGUCAGACCGAUACGGUUUGAUUCACCAAGCAAGGAUCUCUGCAUCAGUCAACGCCAUGAGGGUCCUUGACACUGGCACAGAGGUGGAGGCAGCCGUUGCCGAUGCUCUGCUAUUAGGAGACUCCAGGAAUAAGAGAAAGCCAAUGAGGCGGAGGUAUGAAUCCCCGGGGAUGUACUCUGACGACGAUGCCAACAGUGACGCGUCCAGUGCCUGUUCGGAGCGCUCGUAUGGCUCCAGGAACGGAGGCAUCCCCCACUACCUGCGGCAGACGGAGGAUGUGGCCGAGGUCCUGAACCACUGUGCCAGCUCCAACUGGUCAGAGAGGAAGGAGGGCCUGCUGGGCCUGCAGAAUCUCCUCAAGAGCCAAAGAAUACUGAGCCGAGUGGAGCUAAAGAGACUUUGUGAGAUCUUCACAAGGAUGUUUGCAGAUCCACACAGCAAGAGGGUGUUCAGCAUGUUCCUGGAGACUCUUGUGGACUUUGUCACAGUACACAGGGAGGACCUGCAGGACUGGCUCUUUGUCCUGCUCACUCAGCUGCUGAAGAAGAUGGGGGCUGACCUGCUUGGCUCGGUCCAGGCCAAAGUCCAGAAGGCCUUGGAUAUCACAAGAGAGUCCUUCCCGUUUGACCAACAGUUCAACAUUCUGAUGAGGUUCAUCGUUGAUCAGACUCAGACACCUAAUCUGAAGGUUAAGGUGGCCAUUUUGAAGUACAUUGAGUCCCUGGCUCGGCAGAUGGACCCGACGGACUUUGUCAACUCCAGCGAGACACGCCUGGCUGUAUCUCGCAUCAUCACCUGGACCACUGAACCCAAAAGUUCUGAUGUCAGGAAGACCCUUCAUAACUGGGUGAGCGAGGAGCUAGCUGGCUGGUCCAGUACUGCAGCAUUACUGUCCGCUGAGGGCAGCCAGGAAGAAAGGUGUAAGCAGGCGGCCCAGGUGGUGCUGAUCGCUCUGUUUGAGCUCAACACCCCAGAGUUCACCAUGCUGCUGGGAGCGCUCCCCAAAACCUUCCAGGAUGGAGCCACCAAACUGCUGCAUAACCACUUGAAGAACUCCAGCAAUACGGGAAGCAGUGUGGGCUCUCCGAGCAACACUAUUGGCCGGACGCCGACCCGUCACACCCCCAGCAGAACCAGCCCCCUUACCUCCCCCACAAACUGUUCCCACGGAGGACUGUCACCAAGUCGGUUAUGGGGUUGGGGUGUCGACGGACUGUCAAAGCAUCCCCCUGCCCCUCCUCCUCCUCCUCCGCCCCACUCCACCCCUGCCGUCCCCUCCCUAAGGGUCCUCCGCAGAGCAUAUUCACCCAGCAUGAUGGAGUAUGACACUGAGAACAUGAACUCGGAAGAGAUCUACAGCUCGCUGCGCGGUGUCACCGAGGCCAUCCAGAGCUUCAGCUACCGGAGCCAGGAGGACCUGAAUGAGCCAAUCAGACAGGAGGGCAAGAGGGACGAUGCCGCAGGUAGAGAGGGUGUAGCGUCCUCUCCUGGCUCUGAUGUCCGCCUUGGCUUAGACAUGGUGGAAGGGGGUCGCACCGCCUUGGACAACAAGACUUCCCUCCUCAACACGCCAUCUCCCCGCUCCUUCUCUGGGCCGCGGGGCCGCGAGUUUGCUCCUUAUGGCUACGGAGAAACCAUCUGCACGUAUGACAAGAGCGCCCUGAAGGAGGCCGUGUUUGACGAUGACGUGGAGCAGUUCCGCGACUGCCGACGGCAGGAAAGUGGUGAAAACAAGAUGACGCUCCCCAAGGUCUUUGCUCCUGCAGGCGGUCAGGACCACUCUAACCUGGUACCCGACCUGCUGAAGGAGCUGUCCAAUCACAACGAGCGUUCGGAGGAGCGUAAGUGCGCCCUGGUGGAACUGCUGAAGAUCACACGAGAAGACAGCCUGGCUGUGUGGAAUGAACACUUUAAAACCAUUCUGCUCCUGCUGCUGGAGACACUGGGUGAUAAAGAUCACACCAUCCGAGCCCUGGCCCUGCGUUUGCUGAAAGAAAUUCUGAGGAACCAGCCGGCCCGCUUCAAAAACUAUGCUGAGCUAACCAUCAUGAAGACCCUGGAGGCUCACAAAGACACUCACAAGGAGGUUGUGCGUGCGGCCGAGGAGGCGGCAUCCACCCUGGCCGGCUCCAUCCACCCGGAGCAGUGCAUCAAGGUGCUGUGCCCCAUUGUGCAGACAGCCGACUACCCCAUCAACCUGGCUGCCAUCAAGAUGCAAACCAAAGUCAUUGAACGCAUCGCCAAGGACUCCUUACUGCAGCUGCUGCCCGACAUCAUCCCUGGACUCCUGCAGGGCUAUGAUAACACAGAGAGCAGCGUUCGCAAGGCCAGUGUGUUUUGUCUGGUGGCCAUCUACUCUGUGAUUGGCGAGGAUCUCAAACCCCACCUGGCACAGCUCACGGGGAGCAAGAUGAAGUUACUGAACCUGUACAUCAAGCGAGCCCAGACGACCAACAGCAACAGCAGCAGUUCCUCGGACGUCUCCUCUCACAGCUAAUGGAGGGAGCUUUCUAUGGAAACCCUGUGGAUGGACAGCGUUGGAGGACGUCCACGGCAAAGCCGCGCUUCGUUCAGACUUCUCCGUCUCUGAGCCCCCCACCCCUCCUCUUCCUCCUCCUCCUCCUCAUCAUAACUCGAGCUCCACUGCGCUUUCCUCCUGUGUCGAGGAGAUCCUGUCAGCAAGCCACUCGUCAUUUAGUUCCUCCUCCCCACCUUUUUGCUCUUGAAACGUUUGAAUGUAACUGUGAUGGGGAGGGAAUCAACACAUUUGGUUUUUCUGGAUACAGGAAAUGCACUUUUUCUUCCUCCACGGUUCCCCACAACCUCCCCCCCCCCCCUUCCUCUGUCUGUUGCAGCCAGUUUCUCCUUGAGCCUCCAAAUUUGAUAGAUCAAAGCGCUGAUACAUGAUGCGGUGAAAUAUUCAUAAUCAGAGUGGAGAGAUUUGCGAUUGGGAUGAAAUGUCUGGCUGGCCAAGGGAUGGCAGUAAGCCCCAAGGUUUGGGGAUAAAUUCUAGUUUGAGCAGCAUCAAAACCCGAAUAUUGGAUGAAAAAGAAGUAAUUAAAUGUUUAAGGAAACAAUGUGACAGAAAAAAAGUACUGUAUCGGAUUUUUUUGUUCAUGUUUUAAGUUAAUUGAUCGUUUUGGAGGCUCAUAGAAGCCUGUGCAUCGAUUGUAGUCCUUUUUUUUUAAUGCUAAUUUUUAAUUAAGAGACUUAAUCAAUUUAAUUUCCCCUUUCAUAAAAACGUUGUUACACUCAACACGGUAACAAGUUGCCAAAAGAUAAACCUCUCAGCUACAGAAUUGACAAUCCUUUCAAUUUAGCGCAGGUCUUUAUUUUGAGGUACAGAAAAUGAAAUGGCCGUUAAACGUCACAAAGUUGUCUUGAAAUUCGCAAUCAGCAGAAGCUGGCAGGCAAAGUUGUGUUGCCUGUAUUUUCUCACUGAGCUGUCUGCGCUAUGUCCAAAAGUAGUGCUUUCACGAACGAUUGCCUGUCCCUAAAGGUUGCUGCUCAGUCGAGUCCUUUGUAAAUACUGCACAUGUUUUCCCUGCUUGGAGUUGUGAGGGAGACCAGCGAUCCGGGACAGUCAAAAGCCAGGCCAAAACCAGGCCUUAUUCACUUCACACACACUGAUGGUAGUUGACUGGGACCAGAACUGGAACUCUCGGCUCUCAAAAAAAAAAAAAAAAGUGACUCUGCAGAAGAAACGGAACCCGGCAGUGUUCUUGACCUGUGAUGACGCAAAUACAGUAUUAGUUUUUUCCUCCAAUCUCCUUCAGUUUCCCUUUCACAUAACCACACAAAUCCACAAAUAAAAGGUGUUUUGUACAUACACUUUUUGACCACUGCUUCGCAAACUUUUAAAUACUGUCAAUGAUAAAAGGAAGAAAAGUGAACAGGUAUGCUCUCUCGCUUUUCCUGCACGUGGGCGACCCAGCUUGCCUGUAACUUGCAGAACAUGGCGACCUGCUGUUUGGAAGGGCCCAGGUUUUUGGCCUUUAAAAUGCACUUGUGACAUCGUCAGAUGACUCAUCUCUGAUUGAAUGUUUCGGUAGAGGAGCUACACUCAUAUGCUAAAGGUACAAAGCGGAGCAACAGCUGUUGACCACAACCGUGUAUUGAGUAGUCAUACCCCCCCAACAGCACACGGCUGUGGUCGUUUUAAUUCCAGUGUUAAGUCUGAGGUAUCGAGAAGCUUUAAAAUGUUGGAUCUUGCAACGAGAUCUCUCUUUAGGUUGUUGGGUUCCCAUAGUUUUAGCCCUCAGAGACCCGAGUUCUGCCAUGGAUCCCUGAUCAGGAAAGGUUUUUCAAUUACUGGAUAUGAUUUGGUUCAUAGUGAUACAGUCCACCUACUGUAGGAAGGCUUCAGACUCAUGCCUUAACAAUUCUGUUAUCUCAUUCGCUAAUUUCUAGCAAAUGAAUCAUCAUAAUAAUAAGGAUCUCACCUGGGGACAGCUUGAGUCCUUGAAUGGACAAUUUGGGACUCGCUGUUUUAGUUGAGUGGUGUUUUCAUUCAGGGGAAUCCACUGCGAGUGGGUGGGCCAGCCGUGGUUAUUUAAGUAAUGAAUGUACAGUAUGUGUAAUAAUGAGCUUUUUAAGUAUUGGUACUGGAAAUGAUUUCAGCAACACGCAGCCCUGUAAACUCUGUAAUAUGGCUGUCUGCACGCUACCUUACUCUACUUUCCCCUGAAUUCCUUCAACACUUCCAGACCAUCAAUCAGCCCACAUGGAGUUUUUGGUUUUCAGUCCAUAAGAGCAAAGUUCACCAAUCCCCAAACUCCCGGUCACUAGCAUAUGUUAUCCCAUUACUGGUCCUUGAAGCAGACUACAUGGCAUUCCUUGCAAACCGUUCACUAUGCAUGUUCUACAGUACACUACAGUCUUUGUUUUGUCUCCAUACCUGUAUUUAUAUAUUUUAUUUCAUUUUGUUCUCAUGAUAAACUGUACAGAGUUUUUUUUGUUUUUUUUUGUUAACUUCCACCUGUGAUAGGUUUGCAACAAAGUAAAGAACUUGUUUGCUCUAGAAAUAAACAGCCUAAGAACUGA